AUGACUAAAAUUGUACCCGUUGAUCGUUAUCGAAAGGUCAUCUCGUUGAUCCGCUUCUGUGUGGGAUUUUGUGGAAACGAUGUGGCAAAUCCGAACUUCCGGAUGUGGUGGCUCACCUAUACAGUAAUUGCAGCAAUUGGUUUCUUCUUCGCUUGCACCAUUUACACCAUCUAUGUGGGUGUGGUGAUCAAUGGAGACCUCACUGUGAUCCUUCAGGCCAUGGCCAUGGUGGGAUCCGCAAUCCAAGGAUUGACUAAGCUAUUGAUUACGGCUUAUAGGGCUCCACUGAUGCGACAUAUUCAGAACAGUUACGAGGAGAUAUAUAGUGACUAUGGCUCUCGUGGCAGUGAGUAUGUCAAGUGCCUGGAAGCCAGAAUUCGCACAACAUGGAAAUUGAUCAUCGGUUUUGCCACCAUCUACUCUGUGGGUCCUGCGUUGAUCAUCUUCUUCCCCAUCUUCUAUCUGGUGGUGUUUAAGGAAAAGAUUCUAGUCAUGCAGUUCUUUAUCCCAUUGAUUGAUCACACCACCGACAGUGGCCACCUGCUGCUCACGGUGGUGCACAUAGCCCUGAUCUUAUUCGGCGGAUUUGGCAAUUAUGGUGGGGAUAUGUAUCUGUUCCUCUUUGUGACCCAUCUACCUCUGAUCAAGGACAUCUUUUGCGUGAAGCUCGAGGAGUUUAACGAGGCGGCCGUCAAGAAGAAUGACUUAAAAAGGAUGAGAGAGAUGCUCUUCGAUCUGGUGGCUUGGCAUCAGAAAUAUGUCAGCCUUCUUAGAGCAACUGAAAGGAUCUACAGCAUAGUCCUCUUUGUGCAACUUUUUACGACCUGUGUGAGCCUUUUGUGCACUAUUUCUUGCAUUUUUAUUAAGGCCUGGCCCGCUGCCCCCAUCUAUUUGGUAUACAGUGGCAUUACUCUCUACACCUUUUGUGGCCUAGGCACUUUGGUAGAGAAUUCGAAUGAAUCCUUCACUAGGGUUAUAUACACAAACUGUCUGUGGUACGAGCUGCCUGCCAAGGAGGAAAAGCUAAUUAUUCUAAUGCUGGCCAAGGCCCAAAACGAGGUUUCCUUGACAGCGGCGGAUAUGGCCCCAUUAUCUAUGAAUACGGCUCUUCAGUUGACCAAAGGAAUCUAUAGUUUCAGCAUGAUGCUUUUUACUUAUUUGGGAAAGAAAGAGUAG